UGAACGCAGCACGUCACCGUUAUCAAACGCUUCAUAGCUCUUCCGUAACAGAAAGAGAAGAACCAAGUGCCGAAGGUGAGCUGAGUCUUUCAUUUUGAUUUUCCUUAACAGAUUGAAUCGUUAAUAUUAUAUUUUAUGCAAAAUGAUGUUAAAACGUUGGCGCAGUUUACCUCGUACAGACACUGGGACCAUUCACAGGAGUUUUAGCCUUUAUGUGGUCAGACUGCAGUUCAGCAGAAAAUCCACAAAAGUCUGGUUUACAGAGGAGUAACAUCAGUUUAACACCAAAACAGUUUUCGGAGGAUUGUUAAUAAACAAGCCACCUUACACUUUAUGUUUACGAUGACACUCAAACACACCACGGUGGAUUAAUUCACGUUAGCAGCAUUUUUAACGAUGUGUGUGUGUGUGUGUGUGUGUGUGUGUGUGUGUGUGUGUGUGUGUGUGUGUGUGUGUGUGUGUGUGUGUGUGCGUGCGUGCGUGUACGUAUGCGUUUGUGUAUGUAUGUAUGUAUGUAUGUAUGUAUGUAUGUAUGUAUGUAUAUGGGUGUGUGUUCUUACAGUGUGUAACCUAACAGACAUAACUCUGAUAAUAACUGACAGAUGGUUGCACCACUGAGAAAGUGAGACCCCGCCCCUGAAGGAUUAUAAAAAAUUCCAAAGUCCACUCAGACACGUUUUUAUUUAAAAACACAAGAAUGACAGACCUGACAUUAUCAUUAUGAAAACACAGCUCUCUAAACAGUGGCUCUGUAGGUCAAUUGGACAAAUAUCUCAGGAGUGCAAAUUUUUGGUUUCACAAAAUAUUUUUUCCAUUAAAUGAAAUAUUUAGUGCUUUAAGGAAUAUUUAUUGAUUGUGGUCCUGAACUAAUGUGCCAUUGACCUUCAGGACCACCUCAGUACUUCAUCAGCACAGUAAAAUAUAAAUUAAAUGUGAAUAUGUAAAUAUAUUUGGGUUUUUGUCUCUUGGGGUCAAUAGCAGGAUGACGAGCCUCCAGCUUGGUGCAAAGGAGGAGAUGGUGGAGAAGUUUCUGGAUGCUGCAGCCCGAGGAGACCUGACCCUGGUGUCCACACUGCUGUCCCACGUCCCCUCGCUCAUCAACCAGAAGGGUGACAGCGGCUGGACGGGGCUGAUGCUUGCAGCUCGAAAUGGACACUUCGGUGUGGUGGAGGCGCUGCUGUCACAAGGGUACAGAGAGAAACCAGAUUUACACCAUACAUAACAGAGACUCAUUACAAUGAGGUUCUCUUUAAAACUGCAUGGAAAGACAUAUGGCCACUAGGGGGCAGAGAAGUCACUUUUCACCUUGACCUCUUCUCUAUUUUCAUAUUUCCCAGAUGUGACAAGUUCUUGGUGAACAGCUCCUCACAGACUGCCUAUGACAUCUCCAAGUUCUGGGGCCACAGAAACAUCUCAAACCUGCUGAGCCGCACAGACGAGGGCUGUCAGAGAGUCCUGCCCGGCUCAGACCUCCACCAGCAGGAGAACUACUUCAGCAGGGAAAUGUUGGACCGUCUCAGCGGGAAGAGGGCAGAUAAAGUCUGGAUGGAGGCCAAACGGAGUGACCCGGGUACAGUCUACCUCCUGUUCUCCAACCUCAAUCCAAUGAUCAGCAGCUCCAAGGAGGACGAGGAUAACAGGGUACACAGCUGGAUGCAUAUUUUCUGUGAAGCUGUUGGAGUGUUUGGAUGUUUGCUCUGCAGGAUACAGGUCUAUGUAUCAGGCCUUAAAGCAGGACUUUAUCAACAUUAGUGGCAUCAACGCAGAUUAAGAUGGAUUAGACUGAAGAUGAAAUGAGCUGCAGAGCUGCUUUUCUAAUUUACAUGUUUGAGUUAUUGAACUGAAUUGUAACUCCUGCAGGUUGAGAGCAGGCUGUGUCGGUUCAGAUUCGAGGCAGUCAAAGACCUCCUUCAGAAACCUCAGACUUUGGUCAUCUUUCUUGGAGUGGAGAAGAGGAAAACACCCUUCUCCUCCUCCUCCUCCUCCUCCUCCCCCCUUCAGACAGAGGAAGUUACCCAGGAGCCUCCUGCUUGGUUUGCCAUCAGCACAGAUGAAGACGCUGCUGAACUCCUGAAACGCUGCAGAGAAAAACACUCCUGUUUCCCAAAGUUACCUCACAGAGAUCUGCUGAAACUCAGCGAGGAAGAGGCAGGUGAGAAAGACUUUUUUUUUUUUAAAGAUGUGUGUCUCUGGUUUUUCUCUGACCCAGGUGAUUCUAUUUAAAUGAUUUGUAAAUCUUCAGAGUGUGUAUUUCUGAAUCUUAAUCCCUAAUGAUUCUUCUUGUCAGUGUUAUGUUUAUGACUCUGCUGCAGUUUGUCUGGAUAACGUUUUGAAAUUAUUUUUGUUGUUGAUACCAAAAGAACAAUUAUCCAUGAAUAAAACAACAAGAAUCUGAUUGUCAAAUGCUGAAAUAAAACUUCACAAAAAACAGUCACUUACUGGAUCUGUUACGGGCUCAAAAAUGACCAAAAUAAAGGACACUAGAUUGUGCUGAGUUUUUCUGGUGGUAUUAAAUCUAUCUACUAGAUUUCUGGCUGUAUGUAGUUCAGGUAAGCAGGUGGCAGGACAUGAAGUCAAGUACAGUGCAUCCAUAAAAGUAUUCAUACCACUUCAUUUUUUCCACAUUUUGUUAUGUUACAGCCUUAUUCCAAAAUGGAUUAAAUUCCCUUUUUCCCCAAAAAAUUCUACACAAAAUACCCCAUAAUGACAAAGCGAAAAACCUUUUUUAGAACAUUUUGCAAAUCUAUUAAAAAUAAGACUCAAAUGUUGCAUAUACAUAAGUAUUCACACCCUUUACUCAAUACUUGGUCGAAGCAUCUUUGGCAGCGAUUACAGCCUCCAGUCUUCUUGUGUGUGAUGCAACAAGCUUGGCACACCUGGAUUUGGGGAGUUUUUCCCCAUUCUUCUUGCACAUCCUCUCAAGCUCAGUGAGGUUGGAUGAGCAGCGUCGGUGCACAGCUACUUUCAGGUCUUUAAAAAGAUGUUCAAGUCUGGGCUCUGGCUGGGCCACUCAAGGUCAUUCAGAGACUUGUCCUGAAGCCACUCCUUUGUCUUCUUGGCCGUGUGCUUAGGGUCAUUGUCAUGCUGGAAGAUGAAGCGUCGCCCCAGUCGAAGGUCUCAAGCACUCUGGAGCAGGUUUUUAUCAAGGAUUUCGAUGUACUUAGCUGCAGUCAUUUUUCCCUCAAUCCUGACAAGUCUCCCAGUUCUUGCCAUUGAAAUCAUCCCCACAGCAUGAUGCUGCCACCACCAUGCUUCACUGUAGAGAUGGUAUUGGCGAGGUGGUGAGCGGUGCCUGGUUUCCUCCAGACAUGACGCUUGGGAUUCAGGCCAAAGAGUUCGAUCUUCAUUUCAUCAGACCAGAGAAUUUUGUUUCUCCUGGUCUGUGAGUCCUUCAGGUGCCUUCUUGCAAAGUCCAAGCGGGCGGUCAUGUGCUUUUUACUGAGGAGUGGCUUCUGUCUGGCCACUCUACCAUAAAUGCCUGACUGGUGGAGUGCUGCAGAGAUGGUGGUCCUUCUGCAGGGUUCUCCCAUCUCCUCAGAGGAACGCUGGAGCUCUGUCAGAGUGACCAUCAGGUUCUUGGUCACCUCCCUGACCAAGGCACUUCUCCCCCGCUUGCUCAUUUUGGCUGGGCGGCCAACUCUAGGAAGAGUCCUGGUGGUUCCAAAUGUCUUCCAUUUCUUAAUGAUGGAGACCACUGUGCUUUUUGGAAUCUUCAAUGCAGCAGAUAUUUUUCUGUAACCUUCCCCAGAUCUGUGCGCCGAUACAACUUUGUUUCGGAGGUCUACAGACAAUUCUUUCGACUUCAUGGCUUGGUUUGUGCUCUGACGUGCUCUGUCAGCUGUGGGAUCUUAUAUAGACAGGUGUGGCUUUCCAAAUCAUGUCCAAUCAGCUGAAUUUGCCACAGGUGGACUGCAAUCAAGUUGGAGGAACAUUUCAAGGCUGAUCAGUGGAAACAGGAUGCACCUGAGCUCAAUUAUGAGUUUUAUAGCAAAGGGUGUGAAUACUCGUGUAUAUGCAACAUUUGAGUGUUCUUAUUUUUAAUAGAUUUGCAAAAUGUUUUAGAAAAAAGUUUUUCGCUUUGUCAUUAUGGGGUAUUUUGUGUAGAAUUUCUGAGGGAAAAGGGGAAUUUAAUCCAUUGUGGAAUAAGGCUGUAACAUAACAAAUGUGGAAAAAGUGAAGUGGUAUGAAUACUUUCCGGAUGCACUGUAAAUGUUUGUUUCAAAUCUGGCCUCGACUUUCUUUUUUCUUUGUUUUCACAAGAGAAAAAAACUUAAACAACUACUGACAUUUUAUAAACCUGAGCAAAAACUGAUUGUUUUUUAAAAAUAUAUAAAUUUGGAAUUAGCGAGACACCACUAAAAAUUUGAAAUUUUCACUUUGGCCACUUGAUAGUUAAUGCCCUCGAAAGACUUUUGUAAUGAAGCAUUUAGAGGCCAGUGUUGUGGAAAACCCAAUGAAUUAAACAGUUCCCCUCUAUUGGCUGUUUUGUAUCACUACAAUUGACAGUUUAACAAAGACACCAGUUUUCCUGCUUCUAUAACCACCAACCACUUCAAUGAGACAAAAACAUUCAGGGUAAUGAAAAAGCAGGAUUAUAGUAUUGGAUUUGUUUGUUUAAUAAUUUGUUUACACAUUAGUAUGUUAUCAUUUACAGUUUUUUCUCUCCUGCUAAGAUUUGUGGUAAACAUGCUUCAGGUUAGAUUUUACUUUUACCUCUUUUUCAGUGGCAUUGAUGCAUUUAUUGAGGAAAAAGGAGUAGGAACCUGGAAGAAAAAAGGGAAGAUGAAAUGUGACACUGUAUUUGAGGUGCCGAGCCAAACCACCUCCCAGAUCCCCACAUUUUUUCUUACAGAAAACUUUUUUUCUUGAUGAAAUAGAAACAACUAUUCAUUGUUCUCCAUCUUCGUCACCAGGAGUCGUUGCUCAGGCUCGCUCGGUGUUGGCAUGGCACAGUCGCUACAGCUUCUGCCCGACAUGUGGCAGCAGCACCAAGAUGGAGGAGGGAGGAUACAAGAGACGCUGCCUGAACUCAGACUGCAGGAGUCUGAAGGGAGUUCACAACACCUGCUAUCCACGAGUUGGUAUGAAGCUCUACAUGAACUCUGAGGACAAGAAGCGUGACUUAGAUUGGUGUAAACUGAGGCUGAGUCUCAGUUCAGGGUCUGCAUACAGGGCAGUGUGCAUUUGCAGUGUGUAUGACAUCCUCAAAUGGCGCCAAGGGUGUCCCACGUGUUUCUGAGGGCCCUUAAAAUUCAGCCACAAAACCACCCUGCCUCUGACGUCAGAUUUAGAGGUGCUGUGCCUUUUCAAACAAAAGAAGAAAGAAAAUCCAAAAACACAAGACAAUCAGCCCAGGCUCCAUAAGCACGUGCUCUCUUUACUAAAACUCGUGCUUAAACCUGCACCUUUUGCGCUCCUCAGCUUUUUUUAAGUCAGUCGUGACGCGAGCCUGAGGGCGGGGACAUUUGGUGACGCAACCAGGAAGUCCUUUAGAGGGUAGACUGCCCCAAUUUACAAAGUCGAUCCACCUUGCACAGGGUGCAUACAGAGCAGUAUACUGGGCUGUAUGCAGAACCUGAAUUGAGACACAGCCUGAGUGUGUAAAAGUGAUUGAAUGUGAGUUUUAAUAAAGACUGCUGCCAGAGCAUCUGUGAGGAAGUGUAGUGGUGACUGAAUGCUAAAAUAUCAAGUCUGUAAAAAGAAAAAAAAGUUUCAAACAAUUUAAAGUUGAAACUCUCCACUGUGUGUGUUGCAGACCCCGUGGUGAUCAUGUUGGUGAUUCAUCCUGAUGGAAACCAGUGUUUACUGGGAAGAAAGAAGAUCUUUCCAACUGGACUCUUCUCCUGUCUGGCUGGAUUUGUAGAGCCUGGUAUUGCAAACACAAAUGAACCUGAGCUCAUUUUGACCUGAACAACCAAAAAAAAAAAAACAAUUAUAAGCAUAACUUUGUCCCAAAAUGAGCCGAAUGUGUUGAACUGAAACAGAGUGACCUCCCCUCACAUCCCUGCAGGAGAGUCCAUGGAAGAGGCGGUGAGGAGGGAGGUGGAGGAAGAGAGCGGCGUGAAGGUGGGACCUGUCAGCUACGUCUCCUGUCAACCCUGGCCAAUGCCAUCCUCUCUCAUGAUUGGCUGUCUCGCUGUUGCCAUAUCGACUGACAUCAAAGUGGACGAGAAUGAGAUUGAGGACGCCAGUUGGUUUACGCGGCAACAGGUGAAAAGAUUAUAAUUAUUAUAUUAUAUUUUUAUCAUUAUAAUUAGUAAAGGAAAGAGUUACUAUAAAAGGGAGAAUGCAAGUGUGAAUUAAAAAUAAAAGAGGCUAUCACAAUGAGGAAAACUCCGGCUGAAGUUAUUGAAAUAAUAACUUUAAAACUAUAUUUAUAUUGCCAAUAUUAAAAUUGAUGCUUUGAUAUCUGCUCAGCGUUUCUAACAGGCACUUGCGUUUUCAUCCGAUAAAGAAUAUUCUGACCUUCCCUCAGCUGUUGAAAACACUGGAGCAGAUGUUGACAGUGUAAUAACAGAAGGCAAUACCACUCGCUUCUCCUUUCGUCCCUUCACACAUUCUGGAGUCUUAUAUGCACUACAAUCUUUAGAUUCAAGAUGUUCCAUUGGUGAGGACAAUUUACACUCUCUCUGUUUAAAACUUGCUGCUUCCCUCAUCACAAACCUCUUAACGACAAUUUUCAACAUUUCCAUUUCAACUGGGUAUUUCUGAGAGUGUGGAAGUCUGCACACGUGGUUCCCCUGCUUAAAGGCGGUGUGUGGGAGGAAAUAAACAAUUAUCCUCCCAUCUCAACUCUACUCCGUUUAGCAAAAAUCAUGGAAUCAUUGGUCAACACUCAACUUAAGCCCUUCCUAUCACAUCACUCAGUACUAAAUCCUAAUCAGUCUGGUUUCAGACCAUAGACUGUAUAUAGAAUGGACAGAUUCUGCCUCCUCGCUGGGUGAAGCCACUCCGAGAACAGCACCCUCUGAUGGUGGGCUGCAGUAUACGUCAUAAAUCCCGCCUCUGCCAGCAAAGCUUAUGGGGCUGUGGACCAACUUUAGAAAUUUAUUACACAGAACAUAAAUUUUUCUCCCCCCUGCUUGCGAUGCUGACAUGUAGUUAUUGUAAGACUGGUUUGUGCUCAUGUCCUCUUUUUUCUGUACAGCUCCGUUUUUAAAAGUUAUUAGGGGGUUCAUGUUUGCUAUGAUUGACACCUGAUACAGCCUAUGGGCAUUCAGGGAUUGAGUAGCUCUCCCGGGGGAUACGCUGUUUGAGCCGAGCGUCAUCACAGUGACUCUCUGCGACUGCGCGGCCGAAUGCGCACAACGCUACUGCACAGCGCUGGUUUCAAGGAAAUGAAGAAAAAUCCUGGAAAUACCGAGAGCUUUUUGGCUUCAAAUCCGUAUACAGGCGGUAGGCGGAACCAAGUUGUCCAUAGUAUAUACAGUCUAUGUUUCAGACCCAAUCACAGUACAAUCUUAGCAAUUACAUUAGUGACAAACAACAUAAUAUCAGCCUUAGAUUAAAAAAAAACACCACUGUGCUGCCCCAUUUAUAGACUUCUUAAAGGCUUUUGAUACAGUUGAUCACCACCAUCUUUUAAAUAAUCUUUUAAUCUUUCAUUGGUCUGGAUAGAAGUCCUUGUGCCUGGUUUCAGAAUUGUCUAUUUGACGGGCGUCAGUGUGUCCGGUUGGGUCAUGCUAAAUCUGAGUUUUUAUCUAUCAAUAGAGGUGUGCCACAAAGUUCAGUUCUGGGACCCGUGCUUUUUACUUUGUACAUCAAUGAUGUGGUCUCCUCUUUAAACAACUGUCAUGACCAUCUAUGCUGAUGACAUGGUUUUAUAUUGUUUUGCAGAUUCUGUACAACUACCUAUUAAGCAUCUGCAACUUACUUUAAAUUCAUAUCAAAAAUCCUUAAUUGACCAUAAACUGCUACUAAAUACAAUCAAAACAAAAUUCAUGCCGUUCUCCUGAGCUAGAAACAUUAAGUAUGACAAAUUACACAUAUUUACUGUAAAUGGCUCAGAAAUUAUGAGAGUCACAGAAUACAAAUAUCUCAGCAUAUGGCUUGAUGAAAACUUUACACUUAAGCACCAUGUAAAAACUCCGGCUUUUUGUACAGAAAUAAAUCUAGUUUCUCUUUGUCCUGUAGAGGAAGUAUUGCUGAAGCUGUGUUUUUAUCUGUUAUGGACUACAGUGAUUUCUUUACAGACAUGCAGCAGCUUCAAUUUAAAAGCCCUAGAUUCUGUCUAUCACUCCGCCCUUAGAUUUAUAACCGGUGACAGAUAGAUACUCAUCACUGGGUGUUGUAUCUGAAGGUUGGUUGGUCUUCUCUUGAGGAGAGAUGUGUAAACAUUAUUUUCAAGGCCCUCAUCGGCAAACUCCCAUUUUACAUAUUAAACUUGUUGGCGUGUAACCCUCUCACAUGCACGACCCGCUCCUCCCAUCUGCUACACUUUAAAAUCCUUUGAGUUUAUAGUGAACUUGGAAAAAACAAAAUUUUACAAUGAUGCCCUAAGCUCUUAGAAUGCCCUCCAAAAAAACUUAAAAAAUUGAAGCUCUCCCCUCUUUUGCAGAGUUAAGGACAUGGAUUUCGAAACAUUUCAUGUCAUAUUGUACAUGAUUUAAUUGAUUCCAUUGUCUUGUAAAUUUUACAUAUGUUUGCUUGUUUGACUGUUGUAAUCUCAACGGCAUUGGAGGGAAACCUUAAUGCCCCCUCGAGAAUGAAUAGACAUUUAAAAUUGAUAUGAAAAAUAACUGAAGAAUGAAAUAAAGACUGUGAGUUUAAAGGUCCAAAACUCUUCUUUAGCUAUAAAAUAUAUAGAUUCUGUGUUGAAAAGGUUGACCUCUGUAACUUUGAAUUAGAGCAUGUAUAGUUCGAGGGGUUAAGGAAAGCCUGAGCCCCUCAGUGGCCAUAAUGAGUACUACGACCACAAACAAGUUUUGUUCCUGAAAAUUUGCCCAAAAAAAUAUUUUUAAUGUGUUCUAUCUGUUUUUUUUUUGUUUUGUUUUUGUUGUUUUGCAAAGAAGACGAAACAUGAAAAUUAUCAGGCCAAAUUUUUUUUCCUCCUUCUUCAAAUUCGGAUAAAUCUCUUCAACAAACGGGGCUCAGGGUUUGUCUCCACAUCUCCCACAUAAAAAGGAUUUCAGCUGACAUGUUCACUGUUUAGAAACUAUGUAUUCUGGUUUUGUGAAUAAAGAUAUCACCUUUUUUUCAACAGUUUUCAGUCUUAAAGAUUAAGACCAAAUUUGUUUGUUUUUGUAUUUUUAUAAGGUGACUGAGACUUUGCUGAAAGGACCCCGCCCCGCCCUCACCAUCCCACCCAGACAGACCAUUGCCCACCAACUGAUCAGACACUGGAUCGGCAUGAACUCAAACCUCUGAGCAGCGCAGACACACUUCGAGGAUCUGAAGAGAGGGUCCAUAAAGUACUAAAGUUCUGAGCUUUGACCGUUUUACUGUAACAACCCAGGGGACUGUUUUAGAAAGGAGGUUCAACAAACUCUGAGUCUGACCCUGAGCUCUGGCUGUUCCCUGUAUUUCAUUAAUAAGCCACACAGUCAUGGGUGACAGUACAUAUGACCUUGGUAGAAUCAGACACUGCAGGAAAAGAGGAGCUGGGGUAAAUGUAGGGAAAGCAGCAGCAAAGAACCUCCAGGACACAGAGCAGAACAAGAAUCAGUUCAUAUGUCAGCUGACCUGGGCGUUCAUGCCCUGCCCGAACCAACAAUUUGCUCAUUUAAACAUAGAGAAUAUUUUGAAUGUAAACUACUCUGUUGAUGCCAGACGUAACUAAAUAAACAGGCAGACUGUCAUGAGCAGAGUCAGGCCUAGAGUCAGGGGUCAGAGGUUUCACACAUGGCUUCCACUGAUGAAACCAUGUGUGAGCUCAACCUGGAGGCAGAAAACCAUUGGCUUGGUAAUUACUGCAGUCUCACAAUUUUCUUUCAUUUCAGGGUUAACAAACUCAGAGUUUAAACUUUAAGCCGGCCUCUGUCUGAUGGAUCUGAAACACUAAAUCUCUCAGCUGAUUUUGGUGUAGUGAAAAACAAGGAGGCAGAGAUCCCAGGACUCAAUCAACACUGUGUUUUUUUAUUUUGAUCUGUGGUGGUUUGAAUGUUUCAAUCCGGAGUGCUGCAGAUUUUUUACAUGCAGUUUCAGGUGAAAGCAAAUCUGUACAACAAUGACAUUACAAACAAACUUUCUGGAGAACAAUGGUUACCUCAGUUUGAAGAUUAACAGAGAUUAACGUGGGAUCCUGCAGAAAUGGUCGUAGAUUUCAUCAGCCUGCUGAAUUUUGAUUACUCAGUCAUUUUGAAGCCGUACUGUGUUCAUUCCAGAAAUAUCUCUGUUGCACAUGAUAAUCCAAGAAAUCUUAACACCUUGUGCAACCUUUCAGAAUUAAAUGAACAUCUUAAACAUCAUCUGAGCACACUUUCUUUGAGAUAAUGUUUGCGUAUUUACGCUUUAUUUUUCUUGUAUUUCAUCCAGCAGCUAAAUUUUUUUUAAUGCUGCAUCAUGCAAAUUGCAGCCACAAGGGGUCACCAUCAGGUCUGUAUGCAUAUACUGUACAUCCAUGAAUCUCUCUGGUCUAGUGUGCCGUUCUGUUUCCAUCUGUAGGUUCGGUGGUAAAGCAGCUGUUUGCGAUAUAAUCACUGUCACAGGUCAGUGAACAGUUAGUUUCAACAUCUCUCUUCCCCUGAAGGGAAGAAGUGUUUACCACAUACUGGGCCUCGCAGCUCAUCUGAUAAACGCCCAGUCUGGGUGUGUUCAGCAUGAAUUCAUGAAGCACACUCUUCAUAACCGUCUCUCUCUGACGAGAUAUCUUAGUGAGCCGUCUGCUCUCUUCCUCUUUCUGAGGAAAGCAGCUGUUAGCCUGAGAGGCAGAGUCAGUCUCACGGAGCUCCACGGGUCUGAAAAAGUGAUGAUCCUGAUCAGCAAGAGGACAGUUCACGGAGUAGACCGGGUGGUAGGACUGUGGAGACAUCAAUACAGGCUCCUCAAAUACAGGAGCAUCAGACACAUACUGAGGGUCCAGUUUGCUGAUAAGGUGUCCAAAGGACAGUAGAGAGACGUCUUCAUGCAGCUUCUCAGGCUCAGCGGUUGAAGCAAAAGUGAUGAGGCUUUUCUCUCCGAGUACAUCCAUCACUCGGAAGUCAUCGAUGUACAGGAUGUUUCUCUCUGCAGAUGUCUGUCAGGCAGAAAGAUGGUUUAAUACCCUGAUUCUUGUAAAGCUGGAGCAUUGUAUCCCCUAAGGCAGCACUGCUUUAAAACAGACAGGACCCUGGAGUGUAAAUCACUGCGUAACAUAUAAUAACCAUUGACUGUGAGCACAGUUCAUCACUACAUCCACAAAUGAGGUUCAAACUAAACCAUGACAGGAGAAACCAGGUAAAACCAGGAUCCAGAAACACUAGAGACUUCUCUGGACCUAAACCCAUUUAAGGUGGACUGAGGAGAAGAGGAAAACUGUCCUGUGAUCUCAUGGAUCAGAAUCUGACCUUCUUUUUGGAAAUCGUGGACUCCUCUCUAAAGAGUAGAGGGUCCACCUGAUUUGUUCUCAGCUCCCAGUCUAAAUCCAGCAUCCCUGAUGGUAUGGGGAUCACCAAAGUCCAUGUCAUGGGUAUCUUCCACAUCUGUGAAGGCUCCAUUAAUGCUGAACAAUAUCUACAGGUUUAGGAGCAACAUCUGCUGACAUCCAGACAAAGACUUUUUCAGAGAAGACCUUCAUAUUUCAGGAGGAUAAUGACAAACCACAUUCUGACAACAGGGACUACAACAGCAUGGAUCUGUAGGAGAAGAGUCCUGCUGAGAAACUGGUCUGCCUGCAGUCCUGACUGUCCCCCAUUAAAAACAUUUGGAGCAUCAUGACACCAAGAACAGGACAAAGGAGACCCUGAACUGUUCACUGUCAGACUCCAGAACCUGGUCUGCUGGGUUCACUAAGGUCUAUAGAAAGCAGAUCACCUGGUGGUUUGGGUCCAUCAGCCACUGUCCUGUUGUACUUCCACGAGGGCUGGAGAUUGGUGGGAAGAAGUAGGACUUGUACCUGCAUGAUUUCAGAUUCAUGAAUGAGAAUAAAUUCAAAUUUAGGGGAAAUAAA